AUGUCUCAUAGUGAUAAACAUUAUCUUUGAGGCGUGAUAACCGUGUAAGUACACAUUAUAUUAAUGUUUGUAGAAAUUGUUCUCUCUCUAAGAAAAGUCCCAAAAUUAGACGACUUAUUCAUCAAUUUAGCUGAGUUAAAACUGAGGUAGGUACUUCUCAAAGAACGAAGUAAAUUUUGUCUUCUUGUAGGCAUUGGUUUAUAUUAUUUUUUAUUAAUUCUCAUAAAAUUUAUUUCUGAUAAUAUUUUCGCUAACAUAUUUUUAAACUUACCUAUAAAAGUAUAUUUUUAGUGUUAAGUAUCUUGAGAUCCAAUAAUCUUUUUUUAUAAGUUUUGUAUUUCAGUAGAUAGCAAGUUCUUUGAUAAUUGCAACCUAUAUUUAUACUUAUUUUGGAAGAAACAGCAUUCAACAAAUGAAAUAAAAACAACAGGUUAGCAAGCACACGCAUGUACCUACAGACGUCUUAUCUCCGUCUUCGCUCGCGUCUGUUUUUCAAAUAUUUUCAGGUCUCUCUGUGGCUUAUAAAUGCUAACUCAUUUAAAAUGCGUCGUAGUGCCUACUCACUUGACGUAAGCAUCUAUUCAUAAAGAUAUUAUGACGUGCCAAUCAUUAAAUAUAGAAUUUCCCCACCAACGUAUUUUAAAUUUUCAACUGAUUGACGAUGCGAAGUUAUUAAGUAAUCCGUAAUUCAGGAAUAUAACUCUUUUCGCUUUAACUCAAGUUCUAAAGCGGCUUCAGUUAUUUUACAGGUACUUACGGAAACCUGCAUUUCAUCAAAAGGAACCACAUAAAUAAUAUAUUUUGUUAUGCUAAAUACCAUUUAAGUUCACUGGUUCAUGCAUAAAAUCAUUCGGGCGAACGUCUCGAGAUCUCGGGGGAUAUUCCUUGACGUUUUAUAGCGAGUUUUAUUUUUAUUGAGGAUCGCAACGAACAGCGGUCCAGCGGCAUGUGGUGUAAUAGAGCAUAAGUGGCGCAGCGCCGCGGCGAGCGCUGGCGUGGUGCCCGCAGUCCCCGGAGAGCGGCCGCCGCCUGCGCCGCGCUACUACCCGCCACCACCGUCUCUACUCAAGUCCGCAUACCGCUAACAUUUUCCACUAUAACGUUGCCUACUAAUAAAAUCCGAAGCAAUCACGGUUUUAGCGACUACAUCUUAAAAAUUAGUGUACUUUUACUCGCCGGUGGUGUCUGUGUAUAUGCACUAAGAAGUCUUAAGGAAUAGCGCGGAUUGCGGCCGAUUUAGGUCGCCCGGUUCAGUGCUAGCAGCGAGAUAUUUUUAUUGCCACUGUUGGGUGCAGACGAACGUGCUCCCCGAGCGCGUUGCUAGUUAAUUCAAUUUAUUAUUUCUAGAGUAGAAUCGUAAAGCUCAUUCCAUAAACAUUGACAUAAUACGUAUAUGUUCCUGAUUUCGGUGCGAAACGUUGCCAAGUCCCGAUAUGAUACAAUAUAUAAUGAUGAGGAAUGUGACCGGUGUUUGGUGCAAAUAGUGGCAUUUAAUUGAAAUCGUUGACAUUUGUAAAGUGCAUUUGUGUAGUGUGUGUGGUGCAAGGAGAAGAUGCAUCAUUUGUAUCCUUUGGCGAAGGGCGACCCGCUGUGCCCGUUGGGGUUCCACCCGCAGGUGCGGUGGCCGACGCGCUGCAAGCGCUGCUUCCGCGACUACAAGGAGCACGGAGGCGGCCGCAAGAAGGAGGACGACUUCACCGCGUCCACGCCCAGCCUUUCCUCGUGGAGCUCGCCGGCGUCACGGAGUCGUGAUGAAGAAAACGGUGCAGACAUGGAAAAACCUGGCCGAGGAUGGGCUUCUAGUACUAAUCUCAGCGCCGCCGACCCACCAAAGAAAGACGGCUUCUCCACGGGGUUCAGCAGAACCAGCGCAUCGUGGACGUCGACGCCGGACCUGGGGGCCAACGACUCCGAGACGACCGCCGUCACCGUCAGCCUCAAACUGCCCAAACGGAGACUCACCGGGCCACUACCCGCGCUUGACACGGGGCAGAAGGAGAAUCAUACAGCAGCGGAUACGGUGACACUGCGCCGGCCGUCGCCGUCACCACCCCCAGUGCCGGCCGUCACCGCCGCCAGCGUCACCAUCAACAAGAAUGAUUCGCUAGCGGAACGCGUGCGGAAGAUGCAGUUAUUGAAAGCUCAAAAUAGUUUCGAAAAAGAAUCUAGUAUAGAGAAGGAAAGACAGGAAAGAGAAAGAAGAAGUUUAUCUAAAAGUAGAGAAGAGGAAAAACAAGCGCGAUUAAAGGAAGAAAGAAUAGCCGCCCGAGAAGACGUCAACUUUAUGAUGCAGACAAAGAGUGCCCGAAGUUCAGCGGUCUCGAAGCCCCCCAAAAGAGGCGGUCCAUCCCGGGACAAGGAGGACUCUGAUGACGACACCAGCACCACGUGUACGGAUACCACAAACACAACGCUCGUUGAUGCAAAUGUUAAAGAGUAUCAGGAGCAAAUAGAAAGUCUGAAGCAAGAAAUGGACAUUCUAAAGAAAAGAUGUGAAAGAGUGGAAAAAGAGAAGAGUGACAUACUACUCCGGCGGUUGGCGAACAUUGACACCGCCAACAAGUAUACCACCGGGCGUUCGUCGGAAGUGCUGAAACUGCAACAAAAAGUAAACGAACUCACCUCCCAGAACGAAGACUUGAAAGAUGAGAAGAAACAUCUGUCACUACGCAUCAAGGAGGUUGAAAGUGAACUUGAGUGUAAACCAUCCGCCGAAGCACAAACGCGUCAAAUAGAGCAACUUCGGGCCAAACUGCUGGCUGCUGAAACUCUUUGUGAAGAACUGAUGGACGAGAAUGAAGAUAUGAAGAAAGAACUGCGGGACCUAGAAGAGGAAAUCGAGGAAAUGCAGGACAACUUUAGGGAGGAUCAAGCAGAUGAAUAUUCGUCGUUAAGACGAGAGUUGGAGCAAACAAUAAAAAAUUGUAGAGUAUUAUCGUUUAAGUUAAAAAAGACUGAAAGGAAAGCUGAUCAACUUGAACAGGAGAAAGCUGAUCAGGAGAAGAAACUUUUAGAAAUAGUAGGCGGGCAGGAGGGGCUGAAUCGAGAAAACCGUAUAAAAGAAUUGGAGCAGGAAGUAGCUCGUUCGACCGAGGUCGCUCUGAGGCUUCAAAGAGAUUUAGCUGAGGCCAACGCGAAGUUAGCUGCGGCGUCGGGCGCCCCCCCAGCCAAUCUAAAGAAAAGUCAGCCUCCUGCCGAUGGGCAAAAAGUGUCUCGGUCGUCACUGACCCGAGGCGGCAGUCAGGACGACCCGGCGCAGUUGCUGCGCGAUUUGCAGGAUUCACUAGAGCGCGAAGCCGAUCUUAGGGAACAAUUGCGCAAUGCCGAGGAAGAGGCAAAUAGCUUACGUAAAACAGCAUCGAGAGUCGAGGAUGAUAAUGAGUCAUUGCUUCUACAGCUGAAGAAAAUGGCUACCAAAGCCAGAACAAGGAAACUAUCACCGACACCACCAACUAAUAGACUUGCAAUCGAGGCUCCAAAUGAGAAAGAUGAGGGAAUAUCUGAUGAGGAAGAUCCUGCUGAGUUAAGACUUCUUCUGGAACUCAAUGAACAAGAGGCUGCUGUUCUACGUAGAAAGGUGGAAGACUUGGAGCAAGACCGUGAUUCAUUGAAGAAACAAGUGAAGGAACUUACAGAUAAAAUUGCCAAUACUACAGCUAAGACAAACACAAAUUCCACAGUGACUGUCAGACGAAAUGCUACGAAGGGUAACAAUUUGGCUGAAGAGAAAGUUAAAGUGUUAGAGGACGAAAUAGCUGAAUUGAGGAAGAAGUUGAUUGAAAAAGAAAGGGAUUGUGAAAGAUUACAUGCUGAACUUAGUUUAGCUCAAAAGAAACCAAAAGCAUCUCUUAUAAAAAGCAAAUCUCUCGAUGGCGCGAGUGAACAACAAAAUGUAGAUUUAAAACGCCAACUGCAAGUAAUUGAACAAGAAGCUAGCGUUCUUAGAACUAAAACUCAGAGUCUUGAAGCUGAUAAUGAAAAACUACAAGCGGAAAAUAAGAAACUACAGCUAUUAAAGGGAACAAAAACAUUGAGAUCUGAGAAAUCAUUAGAACAAAACUCAAACAAAAUUUCCCAGCUAGAAAAUGAACUUAAGGAAGCUAUGGUUAAAAUUAAAGAAUUGGAAAGUAAGGAAAAAGAAGAAAAAGUUGAAAAGAAAGUAAGAUUUGGAGGAGAUGUGAAGAAAGAUGCUGAUGCUCUCAAGUCUAAACAAGAAGAAUUAGAUAAAUUUAAAUUAAAUUACAGCAAGCUUGAAAAAGAAAAUGCUAAGUUACAAGCUUCAUUAAAAGCGCUGAAGGAAGAUGCGAUGACAUAUUUCAAGCCACGUAAUCCAAAGAAAUUAACUGAUCUAACGACUAAACUUCAAAUGAAAAGAAUGGUGGAAGAUCUCGAAAGUGAAAUUGGUGAAAUGUAUGUUAUUAUGAAGAACGCCGGAUUAUCAACAAAUGAUAUCAAUGUUAAAGUAAAACUAGAAAAAGAAAUUGAAGAAUUGAAGUCAAAAGUUAUUAAAAACGAAUCUGAAUUCACUAAUGAAAAGAACCGUCUUCAAACUGAAAUCGGAAAAUUAAAAGACCUGACGGGCAAACUGGAAGCUGACAAAAAAGAUCUUACUGGAAAAUUAAAAUCGAUGGAAACAGAUCACAAUAAUAUCAAAGAAGAAAACAAAACUCUCAAAGAAGAAAAAAGAAGUUUAGAAUCAAAAAUUACAAAACUAAAUACAGACUUGAAAAAUUCCACGUCUCAGCAAACAGCAAUGUCUGACUGUAUGAAAAAAAUUGUUGAUCUGAAAAAAGAUAUGGAUGUUAAAGACAAAGAGAUAGAAAAGUUGAAAAAACAAAUCGAUACUUUAAACAAAUUAGAACAAGACAAAAACAGAUUGCUCAAAGAGGUUGGUGAUAAGACUAAAAAAAUUGUUGAUCUGGAAAAGAAGUUAAAAGAAUCAGAAGAAAAAUGUAAACGUGCUGAAAAACAAUUACUGACGCGCAAGGACCGCAUGGCAAAAUUGGAGAAAGAAGAGGACGCUCUAAGGGAAACUUCUAACCAGAAAUAUGAUGAAGCUAUAUCUUCAGUUGAAAUGGCGCAAAUGCAAGACAAGUUAGAAAAAGCUACGAGACAUUUACAAGAGAAAGAAGAGGAAUUAAGUACAACUAAACAUGAUCUCAGUAAAACAGAGAAGGAUCUUUCUAUAUUGCAGUCUGAAACAUCUCAAAUAAAAUCGGACAUUGCAAAAUCAGAAAAUGAAAGAAAGGAUCUAGAAAAUAAAUUACAAGCUGAAAAGAAAGAAUCUAGUUAUUGGGAAAGUAAAGCUUCUGAAAUGGAAACUGAUCUACAGGCUGAACGCAAAAAACUGGAACGUAUGCGUAUUGCUCACGACAAGGACAGUAAAAAUAAAGAAGCUGAACUAGCGACUCUGAAAGGCAAGCUGAAAGUUCUUGAACAGACUUCCGGAGCGGGUGCAAAGAGGAUAGCUGAUCUCAAACAGGAAUAUGAGGAAUCCGUCAAGAAGUUGGAGCACUCGCUUGCAGUAGAAAAGGCAGAGUAUGAGGAAUUAACGGGUAAAUACGAGCUAUUAGAGGAAGAACAUGUUGUUACAAAAGCCAGACUUACAGUUGAAAAGGAACAAGCGCAAGGGGAGCUGUUGCACGUACAAAAGGAACUGAACUCAGCAUUGGCAAAUAUCAAAUCAAUGCAAGAGAACUACGACACUCAAUCCAAUGCGUGGCAGAAAGAAAAAUCUGAAUUGCAGAAUGAGAUCUCAACACUACAAGAGCGUCUAUGUGGUGGCGGCUGGGAAGUGGAGCGUGCGAGACUGAACACGAGACUGGAACAGCGCGAACGCGAGCUUCGAACUGCUACGGAACAACUGGAAGUGCUCACACACCACCAUGACCAGGUCAAGAAAGAGUUGGAAGAAGCUCGUAAGAAAUUGGAAGAUUACGAAAAGGUGUCUAAAAUCCAGAGGAAUCUAACAGCUGAUAACGCGGAAUUGGAAAGAGAGUUGUCCGCCAUGAAUGCCAGGCUGGAACAGGCAGAGAGAGCCAGGAAAGCAGAACUUGUAGACACGAAGUUGAGAUACGAGGGUCAAAUGAACACUAUGCGAGAUGAGCUGAAAUCUCUGCAUAACCAGGUAUCAAGAUUCAAACGAGAAAGGGAUAACUAUAAGCAGAUGUUAGAUGCAGCUCAGAAAACAAUGGCGGAAAUGAAAAACGAAGACAAGGCCACUAGAAUGAAGAGGCACUCCAUAUCGAGCACUGAUGAGGAAGAAUACCGCAGUAAACUGGCUACACUGGAGCAGCAGAUAGCUUGCCUGGAAGACGAGCUGUGUGAAUCGCGGAUGCUGGCGUCCAAGCUCAACACGGAGCUGGUUAGCGAGAAAUCUGCUGCCGAAGUGCGCCUCGCUGAAAUGCAAUCUAGGCUCAAUGAGUAUGAAGAGGAGCGUUUGCUGUCUUCGGGCCGAGCCAAAGUAGCCGGGUUGGCGACGAGGAUGGAGCUCGCGUGGCACAAGGAGCGCGACGAACAGCAACGACUACUGCAGGAAACCUCCACACUGGCCAGAGACUUAAGGCAGACACUGUUUGAGGUGGAACGCGAACGUGACAAGGAAAGAUUGGACAUGAAGCGAAGAAUAGACCAGCUGAAGAGAACAACCGAAGAAGAGACGGAGGAAGCCAAGAAGAAGGUGACGGAGUUGCAAUGCGACUUAUUGGAGUUGCGGGACGCUCACGCUAAGUUGAGGACGGCCAAUGAGAAACUGAGGCGCGACAAGGAACGCCACGAUAAAGAUCGCGACCAGAACAAACUGUUGGUGGGGUCGUUAAAGAGAGCACAGCAGGAAGAUGAUCGAAUUAUAACUCAAUUAUUGGAAACCAUAGAGGACCUGAUGAAGCAAAACCCCAGCUUAUUCCGCACCAACACUGCCGCCGUUAAGCCUGAAAAGUCUUUGAUGACUCCCACUCCGCCGAGAAGAAAUAGGUCAUCAAAGUCCCGUUCCCGUUCUGCGACGCCGGAGAGCGCGGAGGCGGGCGCGACGGAGGCGACGGCGGCGCGCCUGCGCAGGCUCACCGACGAGCUGCGCGCCUCGCGCAUCGCCGAGCGGCAGCGCAGGCACCAGGCCAGCGCCCGCCGUGCCAUGUCAACGGAACCUCGCGACACUCUCACUGUGGCGCCGGUUAGUAGAACUCCUUCCCGCGCACCGUCGCUCAAGAAACGUUCUGUCUCACUCGAACAAACUACUAAAGAACAGAGCCAUAUUUGGAAGUCAGUAGACGACAGCAGCGUAUCAUCAAUGCAGUCUUUGGACGGCGAUGAUGUACGACUCUUCACAAUGCAACGUGGCGAUUCUAGUUUAGACAGUCGUUUAUCAGGAGGGUCGGCGCAGAGUGACGUGCUGCCCACUGACAAGAAGAAAAAGAAGAGCAUCUUCGGCAAGCUCAAGAAAUUGACCAAAUCCAGGUCUAUUGAUGACCAAGUGGAUUCAGAUGCGGUAGAUUUCAGGCCUAUUGGCACGGUGUCGCAGGGCUCCGAUUCUGAUAUGAGCGCAGCCGGCAGCAAAAGGGAUUUGCGAGGAAGACUUUCUGACAUGUUCAGCAGAAAGGGUCAAAUGUCUCGUAGCAACAGCAAAGAUCAAAGUCCGGAGCGGCCCGCCAGCGCCAUGGCGAGCGUGGGCACGCGGCCCAUGCUGCGCAACUCCAGCGCCGCCGCGCUAGCGAGGGGGUCGCCCGCCAAAACGGACACACCGAGCAUGCGUGCGGCGAGCGCCACGCCUGCGGCCAAGAGGAAAGGGAAAUAACUAAUAUUCGUGUUUCGCUUUUAAUCUAGUGUAUUUAUCCAUUUCCUAUGAUUUUUCCACAUAGCAUGUAAUAUCACAAUACCAUACAUAUCAAUAAUGUAUAACUAUCGACAUGUUAACAAUACACUAUAUAUCAAGUGAAGCGACAAUGAGAAGAGUAUUUUACGCACAACAUUUGAAAAAUCUAUAGUGAGCUGACCAUGCUCGAUAGUUAUAUAACUAGUUUCGCUUUUAGUCACAUUAUAUUCUGUACAGUGACGGCCUAAAGACUCCUCUCCCACGUCGUUAAUUUAUCCCCUAGCGAUACGAGUCUCGACUAGUUCGUUAGCGAUGUUAGUAGUUAUGUACUUGCAAUUUUAUAAUAAAACUGUUGAUCAAAUGCUUCGUCUUAUCUUUAGUUCCUUACGCUUCUAAAUGAUGUCCGCUCAUCGACCAUGCUCAUCGAAACAUAAGGCGCCGAUCUUCGACGCGAUGCAUAAAACUUUAACAUACGACAAUGAAUUUACAAGAGAAUCUAUUAGACUAAUUUAUGUAAAAUGACCACGAAAUACUUUCAGUCCGUUUAAAAUGUUUCGAAAAGUCUGUUCUUGGCG